UCCCCGAAAGGUAGAUGAGAAAGUUUAAACGAGAUAUUUGUUACUUCAGUAAACAAGUCGAAAACAUAAUGUAAUAUAAAUUGACGGUCUACCCAUUGUAACUUAUUCUAUUGCAAACGAAAUACUUUUUUUUCUUUUACUAUUACAUAUGUUAUAUAACGCUUACUCUCAAAAGAUAUCUGGAAACUCAAGAUCGAGAAAAGAUCCAGUGUCUUACUUAAACAUAAUGGUUGUUGGAUCAGCGGGAUCUGGAAAAACUGCGUUUAUUCGAACUUUCUGUGAAACGUUGACGCAUGAUGUUAUUCAAGGGUCCUAUAGAGAAUCAAAAUCAAUGGUGCUUAAUGAUCCAUUGCAACCCACCACAGAAUUAUACACUGUUUCAAUGCAUAUCCAAGAGCAAGGACAGAGAACUGCUUUAACUCUUAUAGAUACACCGGGUUUUACCACAGGUGUCGCCGUUGACCACCAAUUAAGAUAUAUUGCAAAAUACAUUGAUUACCAAUUUGAACGUACCCUUGCCGAGGAAUCAAAAGUGAAAAGAGAUGCUAAGGCUUUAGACACCCAUAUCCACUCAUGUCUUUACUUUAUUGAUAUUCAAAGUAUCAAUGGGCUUAGCGAAGCCGACCGUUACAUUUUGCAGAAUUUAAGUACUCGAGUCAAUAUUGUGCCGGUUAUUGGCAAGUCGGACACGUUAACUGUGGCGCAGUGUAAUCAACUUAAAACUGUGUUCAGAAGAGAAAUUUUUGACAUACUUCAAAUCCCUAUUUAUGGUUAUAUCGAAGUGGAUGAAGACGAGGAUAUGUUUGGCAAGAGAACGAGUACAAAAGGAUAUCACCCUUCUCAAAGAACCAAAAUUUUAGAUAUGCUCCAUGAGUGUGUGGAAGAAGAUAACGACGAGGACGCCUCAGCAAUGAUUGACUAUCUUCAGAGUAUGCCCUUUACCCUUAUUGGUUAUGAAGAAGAUGCACAGACGGGAAGACCUAUCAGUAUUAAGAACAGCAGCAAUAGCAAUUCGGGUUAUAUAAAGGAACAAGAGGAUGAAGAGAUGCAGGAUUCGCCAACUCCCGUAACAAGAAAAAAAGAGUUCAUUAAAAAUAAGCAAAUUAUCAAAUCUGUAUUGGGAAGAUCUUAUCCUUGGGCUGUUGUUGAGUGUUGCAAUCCUACCCAUUGUGAUUUCGAAACAUUGAAAAAGGCACUCUUAUCCGGACACAAAGACAUGCUUAGAAUUGAUACAUUCGAACGUUUUUACGAACAAUAUCGAACUACACAACUUCAAAAUCGCACAAUGAAUAGAAGCAGAACGGGAUCCAAGCAAGGCAUGCAUGUAGCGUAGAUCGUCUUAUUACUCGAGCAAACCAUUUAUCCAACAAUAUAACACUAUAGAACAUAAUAAAAUAGACACAUUUUUACCAUAAAAUUAUAUCGUCUUUCGAAAUCAUUCAACAGAAGAGUAGAUUACAAUGAUUUUUCUUUUGAUUUAUUUAACAAUUAUUACAUUUCAUAUACUUAAUGUGUAUAUUCUAGUGGCGGAAUCCAUUCUUCAACGAUUCCGUAGCUCGAAGGCCCAAGCUGCUUGCUGAAACACCUGUCUUUUUCUUGGCCUUAU